CUUCUGCGCGGCGGCAGCGGCGGCGCGGGGCGAUGGGGCUGCGCGACACCGUCGUUCACGCCGGAGAGCCCGAGGAGGAGGAGGAGGAAGAGGAGCUGGUGGACCCCUUAACCACGAUCAGGGAGCAGUGCGAGCAGACGGAGAAGUGCGUGAAGGCGCGGGAGCGCCUGGAGCUGUGCGACGCGCGCGUCUCCUCCAGGUCCCACACCGAGGAGCAGUGCACCGAGGAGCUUUUCGACUUCCUGCACGCCAGGGACCACUGCGUUGCUCACAAACUCUUUAGUAAACUGAAGUGAACACUGGGGUAUUUAUCCAUCUGCUUCCGCAAUGCAACAGAAAAUUCUUCUUGAAUUCACGGUGCUGCUUGCUGCCCCUUUCUUGUGAAUGUGAAAUACAAACGAAACAACUUCCUGGCAGCUGGGCAGUGAUGGUCAGCAUGUCGCUGCGUGUGUUUUCAUGGAAGAUGUGCAGCUACACAAAACACAUGAGAAUAUUCUGUAAUUUUCCA